AUGGCGAAGCGCGGCGCGGCGGCGGCGUUGGCGUGUCACGCGCCCGGGUGCGAGAGCUUUGCGGCUGCCGCGCCGCUCCUGAAGCGCCGCCGGGGCGAUCCGGAGAGGAAGGAGGAGCCGCGAGGCGGAGGAGGAGGCGGAGGCCUGAAGCGCCAGAGGGCGGAGGAGGGCGAAGAGGAGGAGGCGGAGGCGGCGGCGCGGGCCGCCAAGAGGGGCAGAGGCGCCACGGCUCUCUCGCGGCAGCAGCGGCCACAGGGCUGCGGGUCGGCGAGGGGAGGCCGCCCCAAGGCGCCUCUCGAGGAGCAUGAAGAUGAUGUUUGGCGCUACAACUCCUUCCAGUACUGGAGGUCUCCAUUGCCUGCUAUUGAUCUGUCUGAUAUUCUGGAUUUAGAAAAAGAUGAUACAAUAGAUGCAAGACAGUCCAGCAGUGUUUGCCUCUCAGAAAUGGAAACCUGAAACCUGAUUAAUUCUCAAGUUACUUUGCCGAAGUUGGUUUCUUCUUUUGCUUGGAAAAGUAAGCAGAGAUGAUAGCCUGCUGGAGAAAAAUAUGUUUUGAAGGAAGGAGAGCUUCUUAAAAAGGAAGAAUGGCAAAAGAACCAUCAUUGGACUGUCUAGAAAAUUGAUGGUAUACAGAAUGAAGGGAGCAUGAAGCUUUGAGAACUAUUGGAAUAUUUGAAAAUGGAUGUAUUCUGACAAAAAAAAACCAC